AUGGCACGCCCGCAUGGUGUUCAUGACUAUGAGCAUGACCCCAACAAUGUUGGACGACUGCAUCCUGUGGUAGAGGGUGAAGAUGGAUAUCAUCAUGAGAAGAAGUCGGUGUUGAAGAAGGUGAUGGAUAAAGCCAAGAAAUUGAAGGACAAAGUCAAAUUACAUGGUCAUGGUCAUGGCCAUGACUAUCAUGAGGGUCAUGUGCCUGAUGAUAAUGACUUGUACGAGGAAGAUGAUGAUGAGGAUGAAGAAAUGGUUGAGGACCCAGAAGUUCAUGGCGCAUCAGCCUACGAUUCUGCUGCUAUUAGGAGCUCUGUGCAAGGACAAGGUCUGAGGCUGGGUAACCCUAGGACAUCUUAUGGAAAUCCAACAACAAUGCAAAAGGAACAUACAGGCACUGAUCCAAUGAAGAGCUCUCUUCUUGAACAAGAGGUUCUUGUUGGAAGGACAACUGCCUUAAAAGAAGUACACCAUGCCCCAGUUAAUUCACCUGCAUCUGUUUCUCCAGCAACUGUUGAACAAAGAAGAGAUGCUUAUCCUGUUAAGGGUUUUGUUCAUGAACAAGAAAGGAUUCGAGGGCAACCCGAAGUUAACUUGAAAAUACCAGUAGGAUUGGAGGAGGAUCCUCAUGCUCCAAAGGGUAGACUCGGCGAUCAUGCUCCAUCGAAUUAUCAGACUAAAGUCACUGAUCCAACUGGUUCUGGUGGGAAAGAAGCAGGAAUUACGCCAAUUCUUCACUCUUUCGACAAAAUGAAUAUCUAUGAUGAAUCAAGAGGAGAAAAACAGAACUUAUCAACUGGAUCGCGUGAUGGUCAGCUCUCCUUGCCUCCCACCGGAAGCCAUGACCAAUUUUCUGCGGAACCCUUGAAAGCCAAGGAGCACACACUUGGUGGCAUUGGUGAUAAACCAUCAAAUCAGAGUAGCUACACUGAAAAAAUCUCCUCUGCCACUACUGCAAUUUCUGAUAAAGCAAAAGCUGCCACAAAUGUCAUAGCCUCCAAUCUUGGAUAUGGAGAGAGAGACAAUAAUAUUAAAGAACAUACAAUGACACAUGAAGGACAAGGGCAAAAUGCUGCGAAGCCAGCAUCGACAGUUGAAUAUGGAAAGAAAAUUGCAACAACUGUGACAGAGAAACUCACUCCUGUGUAUGAAAAAGUUGCUGGUGUAGGCAGUACUGUAAUGUCAAAACUCCAUGGCAAUACAAAUGCUAGCACUAAUACCAGCAAUGAAGCGGAAAGCAGGAUUAAAGGGAAAGAUAAAGCGGUGUCAGUGAAGGACUAUUUCGCGGAGAAGCUGAGGCCAGGAGAAGAAGAUAUGGCGCUUUCUGAAGUUAUUUCGGAGACUUUGAACAACGGAAAGACUGAGACAGGGAUGUGGAAGAACGGUAGGCCAUUGGGAAAAGUGACAGACUCAGAGGAGGUGGAGAAAAGGUUAGGUAGUGGAGAAGAAGAGAAUUCUGACGAAAUAACGGAUUCGGUUUCUGUGCAUAUUCCUGCCAAGGCUGUGGUUGAUAAGCUCAAAGGUGCUGUUGGUUCUUUGUUUGUCAAAAGUGAAGAAUCUAGGGCAUCUCAGCAGCAUCCACUUAGUUCCUCCAAUGCUGGUGCUGAAGGGUUUUCUUCUACUUAUGCUAGUGGUGAAGAAAUAGGAGAGAGGAGACUUCAAGAGACAGGGAACUGAGGAACAUGCAAUGUCUAGUACUCUUUGAGAGACUCUGCGUUUUACAUGGUUUCUAGUAGUUGCGAAAAUGUUGUUUUUCUUCGGUGUUGUGUUGAUAGAACUGUAAUGAAACGGUAAUGGCAGGCACUGCAUGGAUGUAUAAAUUGUUGUGGUCUGUGAAAAAUAUGGAAUUUGAUGUUUAUUAA